AAUUGUUGUGUUUUCGUUAGUUUAGAAUGAGCCCUACAUAUCUACAUAAGGAGUGGGUCCUCUUCAAGGUGCAGGCCCACAUGUUCUACAGUAGCCCAGAAAGGACGAACCACUGUGUUAACUUCGUCGAUUACGUUACUCACCGCUUAUUAACAACAAAACAAAAGGUCCCGGUGGCCUCGUGGUCUAAAACCACCACAUGAUUGGUUCGAAUCCAGCUGGGGAUGUUUUGUUGCAGGUUAUGCCAAAUUCAUCCCAUUUUUGGCCGACAUCGUCGUUAAAGAGAGCAAAAAAAAAAAAGAAACUUGACUACAGUAUACCUACCAAUAUUUGACUCCACUUUCAGGAAACGUUCCCUCAAAUUUGGUGAUCAAAGUUGUGACACAGAUAUUUACCAGGGAAGGACACUUUACUGUUUCAGAAGACAGUCAUGGUAAAUAUAAGAUGAGAGUGUAUACUGAACAGUGACCUUCAAUGUAAAUUACAACAACGCUACAAUGAAAAUUUGAAUAAAGAAAAGUAGCAAAACAGAGAUAAAAAAGCAGCUUGUAAAACAUGUAUGUACUGGGAUUUGAAAUUGAUCUGUUAUAAGUGAAUACUGGCUAAUAAUAAGCCAGGCACUAUUAUAAGUCUCCUAGUUUCUCAACCUGCAGUCCAAAGGACACACUGACUGUCAAACUUGGAUCAGAACAGGCUAGUUUCCAAAUAUAAACCUGCUGAUAAAAUUCUCAGAAGACUCACAGAAUGACUCCUCUCUUUACAGAAUCAUUCUUCUACAAACUAUAAAAAAAUAAUCUAAGCUUUUUGCAUUUCUAGAGGCACGUGACUGAUGAACUCCUACACAUCACUGAAAGGGAGUACUACUCUCUCUUUUUUGUUUAUACAGAAGGAAGUUUCACUCAAACAGCUGCGUUACAAAACUUCCUGAGCAGCGCUUGUUUUGUUUUUUUCAUUUACACGGAAACGGAAGGCUAGAAAGAGCUGCGCAUGCUCUCACACAAACACAAAGAUCAGAUACCCGACGGCAGCAGACUAAUGCAGGAUGAUGAAGAUGUCAGGAAGAGUCACCAGUUGCUGUGUAGCUCUGUUCUUUUUCCUGAACUCUGUGUCGGCUGUACAGAAAAAGCUUGAUUCAAUCGACGAUUUGAAGCAAAUCAACUUCGGCCAAUCUGUGCCUAAACACAGUCUUUUGCUGCUCUACUGGUUUGCCAACACAGUUGAGAUCGACGAGCACGAUGUCAUAAGGCUGGCCUUUGACCCAAACAGUAGAGCUUAUGGCUCACAUUAUUAUAGCAACUUUGAAGAGCUGUUGGACCCACUGCAUCGGGGAAGUGGAUACCGGUACUACACUGUUGGCAGUCUCAAUCAAGAAACGUCCAUGCAACUUCCUCCUUAUGUUGUCCGACCCCCAAGGGAGUAUGCAGGAACAAACAGUGACAGGAUCAUAAUUCGUGCCAGGGAGGAGAACAUAGGAGGGAGAGCUUUGCAGAGGAUAGACCAAGUUUAUAUCACACAGCAUAUUGCACAUCAGGGGGAAUAUGAUCCAGAUCAGACCUACAGGAUCACUACUAACCUCCUGAGACAGAUCAGAGAGUUUUCUGUGGGACAAAACCAACAGCAACUGUUGCGACUCAGAAACCACUAUGGAAGUAACGCUGAUGAGUUCCUCAUCAGAAACACAUGGGGUGACCGUGCUGGCCUUGGACUGCUCUUGUUUAUUGUGAUUCAGAAAAAGUACACCUUACCACACGGUGUCACCUGGCAAAAACACGGCAAUCAAAAUAUUUGGGAUAAUAAUGCUUUGAUUAUUUUACUCCUUUUUGUAAUCUUUAUUUAUAUUCUUCUAAAUUCUGACAAAACCAAGGUGUGAUGGCAGAACGAUGAGGACCACGAAGCCAGCAGGACUUCUAAGUAAACUUGGGAACAGAAAAUCAGGCAGUUACAACACCUCGGUGCUCCUGAGGCCAGGGGUUGCUCUGUUGUUUUGUUGUGUUGUAUGCUUUGUUUCACAUCCAUAUGUUAUUGUGUAUUAUAUUAGCUUAUUUUGUAAAUAUUGUUCUGUUAAGAUUGCGAUACAGACUCAGUAUGCAAUGCUUGUGAUGAAAGGCCAAAUCACCCAUCUGUGUCCUGAAGGGCUGAAAGUCUUCAGGGUCAUUCAACUUUAUUCAGACUCGGCUUGCCGCGGUACUCGGUGUUACCAGUGUUACACGGUGGUCGGGCACACACCGAUUACAUUACGUACGACUCAGUGAUCAGCACGUCUUCCUCACCAAGAGGAGAAGAGUUUAUCAGUUAAUUAAGAUGGUGUAGUGUUUGCUUGGACUGAAAACCUGCAGACUUUGAGCUUCAUGUCACCGUUUGAAACAUCUGUUGUAAAUAACUUUAUAUAUAUACAUAUAUAUAUAUUUUUUUAAUUAUUACAAAAACAAGAUGACAGUUUUACGUCUAAUUAUACCAAGACUGGAGGUCUAAGGGGUCGUGUUCACUAUAAAUAUGGGCAUUUUGAGCUUUCCAGCUCUAUUUACAAAAUGGUAGUUUUGUAAUAAAGAAGCGUCUUCUGCUGUUAUUAGUAUUAAAUACUGGAACUGAGCAAAAUGGCUUAUUGUAUAUUAUAAUGCACUGCUGUGGCGUGGAGAUGAAGCUGCAGGCUUCAUUCUUGCAACAAUGCCAUGCUCCAGAAUGUACUGUAUGUAUAAUCUGCUGAUUCAUCCUGUGUCCGAUAGAGAUGAAGACAAUGUGAAUUGCACUGAUUGAUAAAUGAAACAGAUAAGUGAAAGUGUCUGUGGUCUGUUAAGGAAAACUGUCACCGAUAAUGUACUAGCUUAAAAAAAAAGUGGUGUAUUUCAUUUAUGGUUUUGUAUUGUUUCUGUAGUGUUGAAAAUUGUGUUUAUUAAACUAUAAUUUGUCAGUCA